AUGGCUGGUUAUUUACCAGCUUGUGUUAUCGACAAUGGGACCGGAUACACGAAAUUGGGUUACGCCGGUAACUGCGAACCCCAGUUCAUCAUACCUUCAGCAAUAGCCGUUAAGGACAAAGUGUCAAGUUCGAAUGCUGCUGCUCUUCGUUGGAACACCUCGACAGGAGGUCGAAUAGAUGAUCUUGAUUUUUUCAUCGGCGAUGAGGCGCUAUCUCCUGGUGCUGCAAAUUAUUCCGCUAAGUAUCCAAUCCGUCAUGGUAUCGUAGAGGAUUGGGAUUUAAUGGAGCGGUUUUGGGAACAAUGCAUUUUCAAGUAUUUGAGGGCUGAGCCCGAAGAUCACUUCUUUCUGUUGACCGAGCCUCCCCUUAAUACCCCAGAAAAUCGCGAAUAUACAGCAGAAAUAAUGUUUGAAUCCUUUAAUGUGCCAGGUCUUUACAUUGCUGUGCAAGCUGUACUUGCUCUAGCUGCAAGUUGGCCGUCACGUCAGGGCAAAGGACGUCCACUCACUGGAUUGGUUGUGGAUUCUGGGGAUGGUGUAACUCACUGCAUACCAGUCGCUGAGGGCUACGUCAUCGGAUCCUGCAUCAAACACAUUCCGAUCGCUGGAAGAGAUAUUACAUACUUUAUCCAGCAAAUUUUGAGAGAUAGGGAACCAUCCAUCCCUUCAGACCAAUCUUAUGAAGUUGCAAAGGCGAUAAAGGAAAGACAUUGCUACGUUUGUCCGGACAUUCUAAAAGAGUUCAUAAAAUAUGAUACCGAUGGUGCGAAAUGGUUGAAAACUUAUCACGGCAUUAACAAUAUUACAAAGAAGGAAUUCGUUGUUGAUGUUGGGUACGAGCGCUUUCUCGGCCCUGAAAUUUUCUUUCAUCCUGAGUUUGCCAAUUCCGACUUUACAACUCCGAUUUCUGAGAUCAUUGACACAGUCAUCCAGCAAUGCCCGAUAGAUGUCCGUAGAGGCUUAUACGAAAAUAUUGUUCUUUCUGGAGGAUCCACAAUGUUCAAGGGGAAUGGUAUAUUGCAGGAUUUCGCUCGUAGGCUUCACCGAGAUAUCAAACGUAUCAGCGAAAACAGGCUUGCGGCAAGCGAAGCAUUAAGUGGUGGCCAACUAAAGCCGAAACCGAUCGAAGUUCAAGUGAUAUCUCACAAAAUGCAGCGAUAUGCGGUGUGGUUUGGAGGUUCGAUGUUGGCAUCAACGCCUGAAUUUUACAAAGUGUCACACACAAAGGAGGAGUAUAUGGAGAAAGAAAUGGAUCUUCAAAUAGUGAAUUAUGCAAAGGAGGAAUAUAUCGAAACUAGUUCGGGUAACAAGAUAUGUAAGACUCACUCGAGCAAGGACAGCACUAUCUGUGGAACACAAAACAUUAUUCUAAAUGGAAAGAACAUCAUUCAAAGAGAUGUGACCAUUCGAGGUGAUCUGGCUGCAAUUCGAAGUGGGAGAUUUUGUAUCAUAUGUAGUGGGACACUAAUCCGACCGAGCUCGAAGAAGUUCAGCAAAGGUGUGACGCUGUUCCCUGUUCACAUUGGGGAUCACGUUAUGAUUGAAGAGGAUUGUGUCAUAAGUGCUGCUCAAAUAUGUUCGUUCGUACACAUCGGCGCCGGAUCCGUGAUUGGGGGGAGCGCAGUGCUGAAGGAAUGCUGCAGAGUACUUCCUGGCAGUGUCGUUGCAGCAGAUUCUGUUUUUCCACCCUAUAGUACCAUUGCUGGUAACCCAGAGUUCCCACCGUUAUUUGGCUUUAUCGAGUUUAAGACUUUAUAUUUUCUAUCAAGCCCAUAUUUGCUAGUUAGCGCGAUGACGCUACUUGUAUACUUCGUCGUAGCAGUACAGAUUAUGGUUACGUCACCUAUUUCAGCACGUAUAAUCGGUCAGGAACCUGAAUGCACUGAAGACUUGAUGACAGAAGCAACGAAACAGUACUACGACAAUUUCCUGCCCUACAAUCUUCCAAAACCCUCUUUCGCUUAA